UUAUCUGAGUGCAAUGACAGAUAUAUGGCGAUGUUUCGCAAUCACAAUGUUUAGUUUAACAAGGCACAAUAUGCAAAGUAAAUACGACGCUGACAACGACUGUGCACAGCGAUUCACUCAGGUUAUUUGCAGAAGCAGCCCGGUGAUUCCUGAUUAUUGGGUUGACAUUAAUGGUCGAAUCCAUUCUAGAUAGGAGUGUAUGGCUGCAGACCAUCUUGGCUUUGUAUCGACCGGUAUGUGUACAUCACACAUUUAGUAAACUUCAUUCAUGUCGAACCGCGUUAGUCCUGAACUCGAGGACAUUAGCGACGUGAGCGACACAACAUCCCCGCCGAACAAGAAUACCGUCAUCGAGAGUGAUACAGCUAAACUUAUGUCAUCGUCGGCACAGGUCCAUGCUAUUGAAAUGAGUUCCAGACCAAAGACUGCAAAGAGCGAUGACUUUGUUAUUGGAGCGGAAGACAGUGAAGAAAGCCAAGGACCGUGUGGAAUCAUCCUGACAGCGUUAUCAUAUUUUGUCGUCUUCAUCACGUUGCCUCUCUCACUGUGUGUCUGUAUCAAGGUUGUCCAAGAGUAUGAAAGAGCUGUGAUUUUCCGACUGGGUCGUCUGUUGUCUGGAGGGGCAAAGGGGCCAGGAAUAUUUUUUGUACUGCCAUGCAUAGAACAGUACACCAAAGUGGAUUUAAGAACAAUAUCAUUUGACGUCCCCCCUCAAGAGGUGCUGACGCGAGACAGCGUGACGGUGUCAGUGGAUGCUGUUGUGUACUACAGAAUCUACAACCCAACCGUGUCAGUAGCCAAUGUGGAGAAUGCACCAAACUCCACACAGCUCCUGGCUCAGACAACCCUUCGUAAUGUUCUCGGCACAAAAAACUUGUCUGAGAUUCUAGCUGAGCGUGAACUCAUCAGCCACAGUAUGCAGUCCAUGUUGGAUGAGGCCACUGACAAAUGGGGGAUCAAGGUGGAGAGAGUGGAAAUUAAGGACGUCAGACUGCCAGUCCAGCUCCAGAGAGCCAUGGCAGCCGAGGCUGAAGCUGCUCGAGAUGCUCGUGCCAAGGUGAUUGCAGCCGAGGGAGAACAUAAGGCAUCCCGGGCUCUGAAGGAAGCGGCAGACAUCAUGGUGGACUCGCCAGCAGCUCUUCAGCUCCGGUAUCUCCAAACCCUCAGCUCCAUUUCGGCAGAGAAGAACUCGACCAUCAUAUUCCCCCUGCCGAUGGAUCUGCUCAAGAACUUUAUAGCCAAAUGAUGCUGCAAGGGCUACAGGCUGCUGUCAUCUGAUAUCAAGCCCUUCAUCCUGUUGGGCACAAUUUCUUCAUAUUUGGAUCUGUUAUAAUUUUUGGAAUGUCCGCAGUGUCUUGACUGGAAUACAAACAAUACAGAACAUGUUUUCAUACAGCAUACCAGACUUAUUUCUUAUUUAUUCUUGGUCAGUAAGCAUGAAACAGACUACAUAAGUUCAAUCUCAUUAAAAUCAGACCUUAGUUCUCGCUACCGCUAAACAAAGAUCUGAAGACAUCCCAUUAAGGGUCACGUCAGAACAACCUUUCAUCCGACUAAUCAGUGUGUCGCUUACCAGAUUAUGAAAGUGACAGUCGGAAUGUGAUUUCUAAUCAAAUGAUUGUUACGGGUUUAAUGACUGAAUCCUUACAAUCUAGACCAUCGAUUAGCCAUUCCAGAAUGUUUUUUUGUUCAGGUUUCAAAUUUGUAAUCGAGAAUUUGUCAAAAUAUGUUUUGAAGCGUAGUCGCCAAUUCGAAAUUUGU